UCCCAGCUGUUAUGUGUCAUGGCGUCGGGUCAGUAGAUUCGUAGAUCAGAAAGCGUGUGUUAUUCACUGUGCGAUUUUACGGUUUUGUCUGAAUUUAACUUCCAUAUUUUUCUCUUUUAGAAGAAUUUUUCCACAUUCUGAAAUGAAAUUCCGGCCGACGACCUUAAAUUUAUCUUCUGUGGUCUCUUAUUUUUCUAAGUGAUAAGAUUAAGAAAUAAAAGAGCAAUAAAUAAGAUAACAAUGAAUCUACAAAAAAAAUGAGAAUUUGUGUAAUAGGCGGAGGAGCGGCUGGAUUGUGCGCUCUUCGCAAUUUCGCGGCAAAUUUAAAUAAUUUUGAAUUAGUGGCUUUCGAAAAAACUGAAAAAGUUGGAGGUACAUGGGUUUAUAAUGAAAAAACAGGGUUAGAUUCAAAUGGUUUGCCAAUACACUCCAGUAUGUACAGAGAUCUCAGAACCAAUUUGCCAUGUGAGAUAAUGAAUUUUCCUGACUACCGAAAAAUGAAAGGGGACAAGUUCAGUACUGCAACGCAUCAACAAAUUUUAUCUUAUUUGCAAAACUAUGCUCAACAUUUUCAACUUUAUCAAUAUAUUCAGUUCAAUACACUGGUAGAACAUGUAAAACCAGAAUUUAAGGAUGAUGAUUCGAAAACUGUUUGGAAAGUACAAAUUAAAAAUUUAAAAACAAAUCAAAUUUUUCAUGAAGAAUUCGACGGAAUUAUCGUUUGUACUGGACAAUAUUAUCAACCAAAUGUGCCUAAAAUACCUGGAAUAGAAACAUUCCCUGGCACAAUUUUACAUAGUCAUUCUUAUAGAAGACCUGAGGAUUUUACCAGUAAAUUAAUAGUGGUUCUUGGUGCAUCAUCAUCUGGUAUCGAUAUUGGUAUAGAAUUAUGUGCACAUGCUGAUCACGUUUAUUUAAGUCAUCAUGGGGAAAGGCUAGUUAGUAUACUACCGCCGCAAUUAACUCAGGUCAUGGAAAUCAGUAGAAUAGAAAAAAAUAAAAUCCAUUUUGCAGACGGAAAUUCAGUGCAAGUUGAUGCAAUUAUCUACUGUACAGGAUAUUUAAUAACGUUUCCAUUUUUGGACCCAAGUUGUGGAAUAACUGUUGAUAAUAACUAUGUUUAUCCAAUAUACAAACACAUGAUCAAUAUUAAUUAUCCAACAAUGUGUAUUUUGGGUAUAAAUAAUAAGGUUGUACCAUUCCCAAUGUUUCACAUGAAGGCCCAGUAUUUUUUAGCUUAUUUCAAGGGAGAGUUAAUUCUACCAGCAAAAAACGAAAUGAUGGAGGAUUCAAAAUUGAAAACGGAGAAAAAAAGACAUGCUCAUGCUCUUGCUGAACAACAAUGGUCGUUUAAUAAUAGUUUAGCAAAGGCUGGUGGAUUUAAUCCUCUACCGCCAUUCUAUGAAACAGGUUAUAAAGCUUGGUGGAGUCUAAGAAAAUCUAAUUUGUGGCACUAUAAGGAUUACAAAUUAAUUAUUGCAGAUGAUAACAAAAGUGUGGAUAUAAGUCUAGAAUAAUGAUAAACGUUACUUGAUAACAUUAUAAUGUAACUUAACUCUUUGUCUGCAGACGAGAUUUCUUCUUUUCAGAUCAAAAGUGUGUUAAAAAAUUUGUUAAUGAAUUUUUAUGAAACUUGGUAUUCAAAGGUUGUUGGGAACUCUAAUUGUCGCAAUGACAGUCGAUGGAUAAAUAAAAGUUAGAAUAAGAUAGACCAGAAUGAAAAUGGUAUAAAAUAUAAUUGUAAAUAUCCUAUAAAUAAAAACAAAUUUUAUUCUA